AUGUCCAACUCCAACGUGGCAGUCUACUACGGGCAAUCACAAGCCUCUGAGCGCAUCCACCUCGCUGAUGUCUGUGCCGAUCCCAACGUUGAUCUGGUCAUCCUCGGCUUCGUCACAGACAUCAGCUACCAAAACAGCGGGCUGCCCAAACUGACGCUCGCGCCUGUGAUCAAGGGCGUCAAGACUGGGUAUCAGCAGCUUUUUUCUCCAGGGUUGGACUACUACGCGCAGUGGGAGGAAGACAUCAAGACUUGCCAGACGACGCACGGGAAGAAGGUUCUGGUGUCGCUGGGUAGGGGUGGUAGCUCGUUGGUGCUGAGGUCGGAGAGCGAGGCGCAGCAGUUUACGAACAAGUUGUGGCAGCUGUUUGGGCCGGUGACGCCGGCGACGACGAGGGGUUAUGAGUUUGUGAAUGGGUUGAGGCCGUUUGGGACGGCGGUGGUGGAUGGGUUUGAUCUUGCGACGAUGCGCUUCAACUUCUUGCAGGACACUUCAAAGAUGUAUUAUUUGUCUGCUGCUCCGGGGUGUGCUUCGCUCGACAGGUCGAUCCCGAUUGGGUACCUCGCCCAAGCCAACUUUAUCUGGCCGAGAUUCUUUGGAGGAGACGACACCGGAAGGUGCGAGAUUGGGGGUGAGAAUUUCUUGACGCCGAUUCUUUCAUGGACCCGUCUCAUAACAGAUGGCAUCCUCUCCCUAGGCGGCUCCAGCGUGGCGAUCGCGGGGACGAAGUUCUUGAUCGGAAUCCCAUCCUGGGUCGAGGCCGCCCCGAGUGCUUACACCAAACUGGGAAGCGCGCAAGCUGCGGGGUCGCUUGCCAGUCAGCUGCGACAGCUGGGACUGAGCGGGCUGUUUAACCUUGGCGGCGUGAUGGUUUUUGACGGGCCGGAGGGGCUUGAGAAUCUGGAGGGGGGGAGGUCGUUGCUGGGGUGGGUUAAGGUGUGGUUGAAUGGGACUUUGACUGGUUAGGUAGGGGUGAACCAUAGGGGGAGUUUCUUUUGUAUGUUUGGACAUUUUCAAAAAAAAAAAAAUGGGGGUCUUUGGCUUGGGGCAUUUAUUUCGAUGUGGACCUACCUGGUGGUUCAAGCAUUAUUCGGGAUCAUUUUUGGGGGGGAUUACUUGAGGUAUUCUCUUGGUUUGGAUUUGGUGUGGAAUUCUUUGGUCUUGGGUUUUGGCAUGGUCGUUUGGAGCUCUUUUUGUCAGGAUUUUACUGGAAUCUUUUAUGUUUGGUUGUUUCGGGGUUGUUUUAACUAGACAUCUGCCUCUUGUGGGCUCUGCUAGGAGUCGGCAGGGUGCCUUUGAAGAAUAAAACUGUUGUGAUCAAUAUGGCCUUGUCCCUUCAUCAUUUGUUUUUCCGUAUUAACAAGCUCAGCA